AUGUUCUCCCAGAAGGUUGCCCAGCAGUCGCUGCGACGGCUUGCCGUCCAGCAGCCCUACGCCAUGCGGUGGUCCAUGAUGGGCGCCGCUUCACCCGCCGCGGUCGCCAUUGGCAAGAAUGUCCAGAUGAGACACGCCACCUCUUCCACUAAUACCGAAGACCCGACCCAGAUCCUGGCCAAGCAGCGCCUGAACCGUCCCGUCUCCCCGCAUCUGUCCAUCUACAAGCCCCAGAUCACUUGGAUCGGCAGUUCGUUGCACCGUAUCACGGGCAUCGCCCUCUCCGGCCCCCUGUAUUUGUGGGCGACCGCAUACCUCGCUUCGCCGCUGUUUGGCUGGCACCUGGAGUCGGCCUCGAUUGCCGCCGCUUUCGGUGCGCUUCCCGUGGCCGCCAAGAUUCUGCUGAAGACCGUCAUGGCUCUGCCUUUCACCUACCACUGCAUGAACGGCGUGCGGCACUUGCUCUGGGAUACUGGCCGUGCCCUUUCCAACCCGAGCAUCAUCAAGACUGGCUGGACUGUCGUGGGCCUGGCUGUUUCUAGUGCCCUUGCGCUGGCUCUCAUCUGA